AUGGCCAUCGUGCAGUGGGCCCUCGUCGUGUCCUUCUGGCGAGCUGGUCCGUCGGAAGGGCCGCUUGGCGAAGCUCAUGGCUUGGUGCCAGACUUUGGCACUACGGUCGUCCGUUUCAACUCUACCAGAGAAGAUGGGGCGCGUGCCAUGGACGAUUCAGACCCGGCAUGGACAAACCUGAUGCCUGUGGGAAGUGGAUUCGUGGUUGUCGAUGGGUGGGACAAAUUCACAGAUACUUUGCCGCCGCCAAUACAGUUGAAUGGCGACGAUAUCUUUUCAGUGUCCAUCUUUCAUCAGCUGCAUUGUCUUCAUUAUAUCUUGAAGGAGUUCAACAAGUUAUUGCAUCCGAAUGAGACAAGCGACCACAACCACACAGCAGAGCAGGAACACGAUCACAGUGGAGAGAGCCAGGAAGAGGCGCUCAAGCAUGUCGGGCACUGCUUCGACUAUGUGCGGAAUUCGCUGAUGUGCUGCGGGGAUGUUGCCUUUGAAGGCCAGGGGAGUGAUAUCGAAGACCCAGGGACUCUCGGGGAGGCCUCAUAUCAUGUGUGCAAAAACUACGACGCGAUCAAGGCUUGGGCCCAAGCUUCGCGCGCCACGAACAUGAAGGGCUUCAGUGACUAG